UGAUAUGAACAGCCCACCAAACCUCCUUGCGUUUACCUAGACUGGUAGUUUUAUGCAAGUCUGUUCCGUUCACUCACUGCAGUGUUUUUGCGCAUCUUGCACGCACUUUCGGGAGGGUGAUGGCCAUCACUGCAACACUUCAACCCAACAAAAUGCAAAGAAAAAGCUUUGAUUUCCAUUAAAUGAAGUGAAGUGUAUUUGCUUUGACGUGUACAGAGAAGUCCAGUUUUGUAUGUGGAUUUGAGCGUGCAUUGUUUCUUAACUCGGACUAGCUCAUAUUAAGACGCGUUAGAUAUCACUACCCUUCUGUCUGAAAGUAGAUCACCGCAUCAUACUGUGACCUCCGCUCAGCAUCGCCUGGCAAACCAAGCUUGACCUGGUUUUCAGAACUGACAUAUAGCUUCAUUGUAUCGGAGCAUCAUCCCUCUUCUGUAUGUGAUGUCGGACUGCAGGCGACAGUGGAACCGGGAGGAUGAGCUCCCUGUCUAUCUGGCUAAACCCAUUUCUGGACCCAACCAGAGGCACAAGUCUCAAGGAAUGUUUAGCUCCGUCGAGGGCGCCUAUGAUAACAAGACAAUAGAUUUUGAUCAGUACGCGGUGGGAAGGCAAGGGAACAGGACGCCACGGAGCUGUAGCAGGGAGCGCAUUCUGGAUGGGGACACUGGAGCCUAUGAGAUCCGCGGGGGUUCCCUCAUCAGCUCCCCGGGCGAGAGAGACAGCGGGAGUCUGGAUGUCGAAGUUACCGAUCAGAAGGACCUGCAUUAUGGGGAAAACAACGAGAAAAGUGAGAGGCUGCUGAUUAAAGGAGGAAGAGUAGUUAAUGAUGAUCAGUCCCUCUAUGCUGAUGUCUAUGUCGAAGAUGGACUUAUUAAACAGGUUGGGGAGAACCUGAUUGUGCCGGGGGGUGUGAAGGUGAUUGAGGCUAAUGGGUGUAUGGUGAUACCUGGAGGCAUUGAUGUGAACACCUGCCUCAAUAAGCCCUACCUGGGUACCCCACCCAUCGAUGACUUCUACCAGGGCACCAAAGCUGCUCUGGCAGGAGGAACCACAAUGAUCAUUGACCAUGUGAGUCCACUGCCAGGGGACAGUCUAUUGGAGGCCUUUGAGAAGUGGCAGGAAGCAGCAGAUAAGAAGUCCUGCUGUGAUUAUUCACUCCAUGUGGAUAUCCCACAGUGGCAUGAAGGUGUGAAGGAAGAGCUUGAGCUGCUUGUACAGGAAAAAGGAAUCAACUCUUUCCAAGUGUACAUGGCUUACAAAGAUUUAUUCCAAAUGACGGACACUCAGUUGUAUGAAGCAUUCUCAUUCCUUAAGGAGCUAGGGGCGGUGGCGCUGGUCCAUGCAGAGAAUGGAGACCUCAUUGCCCAGGAGCAAAGCAAAAUUUUGGGAAUGGGCAUUACUGGUCCAGAGGGUCACCCACUGAGCCGCCCAGAGGAGCUGGAGGCUGAGGCUGUUUUCCGUGCUAUCACCCUUGGCAACCGAGUCAAUUGCCCUGUCUACAUCACCAAAGUGAUGAGUAAGAGUGCAGCUGAGACUGUGACCCAGGCACGAAGGAAAGGCUCUGUUGUAUUUGGUGAGCCAAUCACAGCCAGCUUGGCAACAGAUGGGUCACACUAUUGGAGCAAAAACUGGGCGAAAGCAGCAGCCUAUGUGACCUCUCCACCCCUCAGCCCUGACCAGACGACACCUGACUACCUUCACUCUCUACUGGCCAGUGGGGACCUGCAGGUUGUGGGUAGUGGACAUUGUGCUUAUAGCACUUCUCAAAAGGCAAUAGGGAAGGAUAACUUUACUCUUAUACCUGAGGGAACUAAUGGAGUAGAGGAGAGAAUGGGCUUUGUUUGGGAUAAAUCUGUGGCUAUGGGGAAGAUGGAUGAAAACCAGUUUGUAGCAGUUACAAGCACCAAUGCAGCCAAAAUCUUCAACCUGUACCCCCGUAAGGGUCGGAUAGCAUUGGGUUCAGAUGCUGAUAUUGUCAUCUGGGACCCCGCUAAGAUUAAAACCAUCACAGCUAAAUCACAGCAGUCGGCUCUGGAGUAUAACAUAUUUGAGGGUAUGGAGUGUCACGGUGGACCCGUGUAUGUGGUCAGUCAGGGCAGGGUUGUGUUUGAGGACGGGAAGCUUCAGGUUCAUCAGGGCACUGGACGCUUCAUCUCCCGCAAACCCUUCCCUGACCAUGCCUACCAGCGCAUCAAGAUCCGUGACAAGAUGACGAGCAAACAGGGAGUGUCGCGUGGGAUGUAUGAUGGUCCAGUAUAUGAUGUACCAGCAACGCCCAAAUACAUAACCCCAGCACCCUCUGCCAAAACCUCGCCCACUUCAAACCAGCCACCACCAAUCAGAAACUUGCACCAGUCUAACUUCAGCUUAUCAGGGGCGCAAGUUGAUGACAACAUUCCUCGGCGCUCAGGCCAUCGUAUUGUAGCACCCCCUGGGGGACGCUCCAACAUCACCAACCUUGGUUGAGCCUUUAGCAGAUCCCUAUUGACUAUGAGUGUGUAUGUUAGUGUGUGUUUGUGAAACUGUGUGUGUGUCUGAAUUAAUACAGUUGGAUCUGUUCACAAACCAUCAGUACUCUCCUCACACAGGGCCAUGCUAUGAUUUUUUUUUUUUUUUUUUUUUUUAAAUGCAAAUUAUGCAUGUCAAAAUUUGGUCCUUAAUAUGUUGAUCACUUUAACUUAUAUGUUGAUAACCAGUGUAGUAAAACUGAUAAAGCAUACCUAGACAUAUACUGUAUGCAGAGACUAAAAAUAUACCUAGACAAUCACCAAAAUGCUCUACUGUAUAUCAAUAGCAUUUAAACAAUGACAAGAUAACCGCUUAACUUUUUGAAUUUAAAGGGAUAGUUCACCCAAAAAUGAAAAUUCUCUCAUCAUUUACUCACCCUCAUGCUAUUCCUGAUGUAUAUGACUUU